UUAUUAGUCAUACCAACUAUGAGAAUACUUCUUGGUGCUAUGGUGUUAGUGGCCAAGCAGAUUAUAAUACUCAUACAUAUACAAAUCAGGAUAGUUAUGUUGAUUAUGAUAUCGCUAUCA